CGCACGUGGCAUUUAGGCAAUGUUAUUAUCACGCGUAUCUUCCUCUUAUUGGCUAGAAUGGUCCCACCUGCCUCCCAUUUUUGAGGACAUGCAUUUCCUUUGUUAGAGCGGUCACUCGACUAUCUUGUCACUAUAUAACAUAUUUGUCUGGAAUGGUCGUAAUUGCGUUAUUUAGAAUUAUGAAAAUGCAUAGUUGCACCUAGCUAGCUUGGAUAAUAUAUUUAAAUGUUUUUAUGCAUGCAUGUCCACUACUUGCAAGUCGUAAACAUUAGUGUUGUCAACCAAGCUACUGAAUUCAUCCAUCUAUUUUUUUUCUCCGCCUUUUGUUACGGUAAACAAACUCUGGCUAAUGACAUCAGCUGUCAGUGUUGUCUUGUGUGGACCUUGUCCCGUCUGCGUAGAUAAGUGUCCACUCUCUCGCCACAGCUUUGCAGCAGCAUACAUGCUUACAGAGAGCAGACUCCUGUUGUUUCCAUAAUCAUCGGGAAAUCUCCGUUUUUUUCUGCACCACUGCCAGGGACAAGUUAAGCAAGAAAAGCAGGAUGUAGAAAAGUGGGAUAAGGUAGAGUGCAGUGCGAAAAGGAAAGGAGCGGAGAGGGGAUAGUCUGGACGUUCUGCCCACAGGCUCGGAGUGUGUAUGUGUUAGGGUGCAUGCAGCAUUAGACCACCGCACUGAUGGAGACGAGAGAGAGGAAGCCUGGCUACUUUGCCAGGCUGAAGAAGCGGCGACAGGUCAAGCAGAGCCAAUCAGAGAAGGCAAUGGCUGAGCAGAACCCGUCGGAUUCGUCCUCAAAGAUGCCCAUCAUCUCCUGCCCAGACCCUACUUUUUCUGAACCCCUGGAGAGGAUGAAACCUAACCCACCUGGAGGCUCAGAUGGCAGCAGCAACACGAGCAGCCAGGCCAAGCGAGAGAAGAGGAGGCCCCCCGGGACAGUGGAGUAUACCGUGGGACUCCAGGAAUCUCUAAGCAGCAUCUCUCUGAAGUUUAACAUCACCCCGAACAAACUGGUGCAGCUCAACCGCCUCUUCUGCCGCAUUAUCUAUCCUGGACAGAAGCUGUUUGUUCCUGACUUGGGCCAAUCGGGUGCCGACUCUCAGUCUGUGGGUUCUUCUGACCCCGCCUUCCCCAACGGUCUAUCAGAGAAGGUGUCACAGGAUGCAGACUCCAGCGGCAGGUCAGUAAGACCAUUACGACGGGAGCUGUCUCCCCCAUCCGAGGACGAGAGCCCUGCCACAGUCAAGUACAUUAAGAUGAGCUGCAAGUACUUUACUGACGGAAUGGGUGUGGUGGGAGGGGUGAUGAUCGUGACGCCCAACAACAUCAUGUUUGACCCUCACAAGUCGGACCCACUGGUGCUCGAGCACGGCUGUGAGGAGUACGGCCUGCUCUGCCCCAUGGAGGAGGUGGUGUCUGUGGCCCUCUAUGACGACAUCUCCCGCAUGAAGCUCAAGGACACACUGCCAUCAGACCUACCCCAGGAUCUGUGUCCUCUGUACAGGCCCGGGGAGUGGGAGGAGCUGCCGUCGGAGUGCGACCUCUACGAGGCGCUGGACCCCAAACGACCCAUCGUCCUGGACGACAUCAACUCUGCCCUGUCAGAGACUGUCAUAGGAAGGGCAGCGUGUGAGCCAGCAGACCAGUCUCCAUCAGAUGAGGGUUUCACAGAGCUGGAGCUUCCCUUGAACGGGAGCACUGAGGAACCGAAGAGCGGAUCCAGACCACCUGCCAGUGCUACCAACCAGGACCAGCAAGGAGAGCCCCCAGGAUCUAAUACCCCUAAACGGGUAAAGUCCCAGGACCAAUCCCUCUCUGACCCAAUCCCACUGACCUGGCAGAGAGGGGAGGAGGAGGAUGAAGGACUGGUACAGAACAGCUCAAUUGAGGACACGACAGAAUCAUUGCCUGUCUCAUCAGAGACUGAGAAAGACCGUGAACUCUUGAAGGAGAAGCCUGCUAGCCUAGCCACAGUCCAAGACAAAAACUCUACAGGGCAACUAGUGAACAGUGUUAGCAUUAGCGAACAAUCAGAAUCAGCAAUGGACCAAAACAGGAAGCUGAGCUUCAGUGAGACCGCUGAGGCUCUGGGAAAAUGUAGUUCUCGGGAACCCAGCCCUCCAGGCGAGCUGCAGAACGGACCAGUGGUAGAGGAGUGGCUGAGUGAGGAAGAGAAGCAGAAGAGGAGCAACAAAGCGGAGGUGAAGUCCUGGCUGCUGGAGAGGAUGCAGGCGCCCAUCCAAAACAUGCUGCUGUCCACGGAGGAGAAGAGUAAGACCCCUCCCAUGUUCCUUUGCCUCAAGGUGGGCAAGCCCAUGAGGAAGUCCUUCGUCAUUACCCGGUCAUCCAGCCCCGCCCACACGAGAGGAAAACAGCCGGAGUACUGGUUUGCUGUGCCCCAGGAGAGGGUGGACCACCUAUAUGCAUUUUUUGUCCAGUGGUCUCCUGAUGUGUACGGUAAGGAGGCCAGGGAGCAGGGCUUCGUGGUCGUGGAGAAGGAAGAGCUCAACAUGAUCGAUAACUUCUUCAGUGAUCCCGUGACCCCUCGCAGCUGGGAGAUCAUCAACGAGGCGAAGCGCAGGCAGAGUUUUGGCAGCUACGAAGGGGAGGAGCCUUCGGGGGAUCUACUGCCCAUGCUCAGUGACCCCAGCGCUCUGCUACAGGACACACACAUAGAGAAGCUUGCGUGUCGGCUGCCGGCGCGGGUGCAGGGGUAUCCAUGGAGACUGGCUUACAGUACGGUGGAACACGGGACCAGCCUAAAGACCCUGUACAGGAGCCUAUUGGAUGUGGACAGCCCUGUGCUACUGGUCAUCAAAGACAUGAACAACCAGUUGUUUGGGGGAUACUCUACCCAUCCCUUCAGAGUAAGUGAGCACAGCUAUGGCACGGGAGAGACCUUCCUCUUCAGCUUCUGCCCUGAGAUCAAGAUGUACAACUGGACUGGGGAGAACUCCUACUUUGUUAAAGGCAACAUAGAUUCUCUUCAGAUGGGAGGAGGAGGAGGUCAGAUAGGGCUGUGGGUGGACGCUGACCUGCACCACGGCACCACCUCCAGCUGUGCCACAUUCCACAACCAGCCCCUCUCCACCCAGAAGGACUUCACCAUCCACAGUGUGGAGGUCUGGGCCUUCGAGUAGCCUCCCUCCACCUCCAGUCUCCCCCAAACCCAACCCACACUGGGGGGGAACCAAGACCUAGCUUCAACGCCCACCCCUUUACCAGAAUGGGGAGCUGACGAUUUGACAUGGUUUAUGCCAGCCGGUUUGAUGUGGUUGGACCUGGUUUGUCCUGGUGGUGGAUGUGUGAAAAUCUGUGGCUGGUUUAUUUCCCUUUCACUCUAUUUGUUACAUUAAGGUUCUCGCAUGCUUCCUAGUCAAAACGUGGCGUGCCGGUUCACGCAUUUAUUAUGACGAGAUUUUGAAAUUUUUGUUCGUUUUGGUGUUUGGCAGGGUUUUUUUCCAGCUGUUCACACACAAGUCUAAGUUCGGUAGCCUAAGUCUACUCCCCUUCGUCGGUGAUUGGUCAACAGUAGGGAUUCAUCAAAUCAAAUUUUAUUGGCCACAUGCGCCGAAUACAA